UUAUUUGGACCGGCUGGGCGGAGCAAAGCGGCAGGACGGAACCGCGCGAACAGACACAACCCAUGCGAGCGCGGCCAGAGCAAAGAAACCCAAAGCCGAAAGCAACCGCGGCGCUGGUGGCCUCGCGCACGACGGCGUGACGACGAGCAAAAAUUCCUCCCUGUCCGACCCUUUAAAUCAUCCCAGGCGACUCCCCAAAGAAGCGACGCCAAGGCAGGCACCAGGACACUGCUGGUACUCCGGAUCGGCGGACUGUACGUGCCGGUGGAGCACGCGGUGGCGGUGGCGGUGGCGGCGCAGGAGCUUACAUGGGAGUAGAGGCGGGAGGGUGCGGGCGGAGGGCGGUCGUCACCGGGUUCUACGUCUGGGGCUGGGAGUUCCUCACCGCCCUCCUCCUCUUCUCGGCCGCGGUCUCCUCCUACUAGCCAGCUCCAUCAGCAACCUUUUAGCUUCUCUUCUUAGAUAGCUGAACCGAGCACACAAGUGAUCAGUUACUUAGUAGGGAGAGAACUGAAUUAAAUAGGUGUGAGAGAGUUCUGUGAUCAGCGGGCCAGCCGGUCGGACGAGCUGGUGAGAUGGCUGGCGCGGCGGCGGAUCAGCCGAAGAGCGGUGGCGGGAGGGGAAGCGGCGGGCCGGCACCGUUCCUGACGAAGACGCACCAGAUGGUGGAGGAGCGCGCGACGGACGAGGUGAUCUCGUGGGGGGAGCAGGGCCGGUCCUUCGUGGUCUGGAAGCCCGUGGAAUUCGCGCGCGACCUCCUCCCGCUCUACUUCAAGCACUGCAACUUCUCCUCCUUCGUCCGGCAGCUCAACACCUACGGUUUCCGGAAGGUGGUGCCGAACCGGUGGGAGUUCGCGAACGAGAACUUCCGGCGAGGCAAGCAAGGCCUCCUGUCCGGCAUCUGUCGCCGAAAGUCGACGACGCCACAGUCCUCCAAAUCUAGCGGCAGCGGUGUUAACGCCGCGAUCCCUCCGCCACUGCCCCCUCUGCCUCCCGCGUCGGCCACCACGUCCGGAGGCCACGAACGAAGCUCCUCGUCGGCGUCGUCGCCGCAGCGGGCCGACCUGACCAGCGAGAACGAGCAGCUCAAGAAGGACAACCACACGCUGGCGACCGAGCUGGCGCAGGCGCGGCGGCACUGCGAGGAGCUCCUGGGAUUCCUCUCGCGCUUCCUCGACGUUCGGCAGCUCGACCUCCGGCUGCUCAUGCAGGAAGACAUGCGAGCGGCCGGGGACGCGCAGCAGUGCCGCGCGGUGGUCGACCAGGAGCGCGGCGGCGAGGAGGAGAAGAGCGUGAAGCUUUUCGGCGUGAUCCUCAAGGACGCCGCGAGGAAGAGUAGGGGCCGGUGCGAGGAGGCGGUGGCCAGCGAGCGGCCGAUCAAGAUGAUCAGGAUCGGCGAACCGUGGGUCGGCGUGCCGUCGUCGGGCCCGGGGCGGUGCGGCGGCGAGAAUUAAGGUCCGGAGCUGAUGCGCUCCCAGCGCCAUGGCUGUGACAUUGCCGGUCGGACAGUGUGCGCGCGCGCAUGCGUGCUUUGCAUGCAUGAUGAGAUUGAUGGCAAGAAUGGUUCCAUCAACCAAGUAGCCAUCCCUGUGUGGUGGUAAAACUGUAAAGGCAGAUCACAGGACACCGGAUGUACGCGUAACGCGUGUUAAGAAUUAAUCAUGGAGUGGUUUUGAGGUAGGAACCUUGAAAGUAGUUAAAGGGCUAGAAGGAGCCCGUUGUAUUUAGUAUGGAACAUAAUCAUUUCCAAGUAAAAAGACCCCAGUAUUUGUUUAUGUUGUUUGCAACUUAGUGAUUUGGUUGAUUUUUCUA